GUAAUGGCGGCAGGAAAUUUUCAUACAACUUCUACAGGGGCUCGGUACUUCUGCUCACCUUCCUUUGUUACAUGGGCUAUCACGCUGCUAGGAAGCCGCCGAGCAUUGUAAAAAGCGUGCUUCGAGGCACUCCGCUAACCCCGGGCAAAGGGCGUAUGCUCCUUGCUGACGGUGGGCUAGCCGUGACAGCAACAGAUCCAACAACGCUUAAUGGCUGGUCGCCGUUUAACGCCGGCAAUGGACAGACGCUGCUGGGUCAGGUGGACCUGGCGUUCCUGGGCACCUACGCCAUCGGAAUGUUCUUCGCGGGUCACCUGGGGGACCGGGUGGACCUGCGCUGGUUCCUCACGGCAGGCAUGGUCCUGAGCGGCGUCUUCACCUCGUUGUUCGGCAUGGCCUACUUUUGGGACGUGCACGUGUUCUCCUACUACGUGUUCGUCAGCGUGCUUGCGGGGCUGUUCCAGUCCACCGGCUGGCCCAGCGUGGUGUCCAUCGUGGCCAACUGGAGCGGCAAGGGCAAGCGCGGACUCAUCAUGGGCAUCUGGAACGCGCACACCAGCGUGGGAAACAUCCUGGGAACCGUGGUGGCGGCGGCAAUGCUGUCCAGGGGCUGGGGCUACUCCUUCCUGCUCCCCGGCUUCCUCAUGGUGGGCCUGGCCGCCCUCAUCUUCCUCUUCCUGGUCGUACACCCAUCCGACGUGGGCCACGCCAACCCAGAUGAGCACGGCAGCUCCUCCCGCGGCUCCGGCGGCUGCUCCCACGGCCCCGGCGGCGGCUGCAGCCGGCACGCCUCCACCGCCUCGCUGGACUAUGACGGCGAGGAGCUGAUGCCGCUGUCCAGCAAGGAGCGGGACCUGGGGGGCGGCAAGGAGGGCAGCAGCAGGGAGAAGGAGGUGGAGAGCAUCCACUUCAUGGACGCCUGGCGCAUCCCCGGCGUGACCGCCUUUGCGCUGUGCCUCUUCUUCUCCAAGCUCAUCGCCUACACCUUCCUCUACUGGCUGCCGUACUACAUCAAGUCCACCCCCAUCGAGGGGCGCAAGCUGAGCGCCAAGGAGGCGGGCGACCUGUCGGUGCUGUUUGAUGUGGGCGGUGUGGCGGGAGGUGUGCUUGCGGGCCACUUGUCCGACAAGUCGGGCGCCUCCGCCUCCGUUGCCACCCUCUUCACGCUGCUGUCGGUGCCCUGCCUCUACCUCUACCGCACCGCCGGCCACACCUCCUUUGCGCUCAACGUGGCGCUGAUGAUGGCCUCGGGCUUCUUUGUGAACGGGCCGUACGCGCUCAUCACCACCGCCGUGAGCGCCGACCUGGGGACACACGACUCGCUGCAGGGUAACUCCAAGGCGCUCGCCACCGUGUCCGCCAUCAUUGACGGCAUGGGCUCCCUGGGCGCCGCACUGGGCCCUAUGCUGACGGGCUUCAUCUCGGACCGCGGCGGCUUCGACAUGGUGUUUGCCAUGCUGUACUGCAGCGCGCUGGCGGCGGGGGCCCUGCUGGUAAAGCUGGUGGCCAAGGAGCUGUCGCUGAUGCGGGGCGGGGGGCGGAGCCCCAAGCCCAUGUAAUGCUUGUAACGGGAGGGGGGUAGGAGAGAUGGGUGUGUAGGGUGGGGUGGGUGAGGGCUGGCUCUGGGAUGAGAUGUAAAAGAUGAGAAGGAAGGCGCAGAUAGUUUGAUUCGUGCGAAUGUAGCAGGGAAGUCGAGAUAGGCGUAGGUGUGCUAGGGAAGCUGGAACUUAGGACCCAGUGUUUGGGGACCGGGAGGGCAUGGGGACGUCACUCGGGUGCAUGCGCGUUUGCUGCACCGGUGCACAAGGAGUGGAAAGCCACGGGCGGUUUGAAGCACACGCAAAAACCUGCACGCAUCCUGUUACCUUAGCGCAUCACCCUUGCAUAUUUGUGUGCUGUUUGCUAUUUGCUGCGAGCCUACCGUAAUGGCGGUUUGUUAGGUAAUCGGUAUGAGGCAAGAACGCAGAUUGGUGGCUGCAAUAUGGGAUCCUUGAGUGGAAUUUAUUUUCUCUAGGAUAUGGAGGUGUGGCGCGGGUGCGGCGAAGGUUUCCUAUAUGCUGCAGAGAGGCGUGGGGCGGGACGCGCGUUUGCGUUCUCGGCGCGCAUUGCUCUUGUGAACCGAGAUGUGCAUGUGCACCCAUACUCGUGGCCUGUCGCUUACAUAAGGAUAUGCUUGUGGGCUAAACUGUUGGCACGAGGCAGACCCGAUGGUUAUGCCGGAUAGUAGAAUGGCGCGGAGUGCACGGGGCGGAUUCACACAGCCUGUAAUGGGUACUAGCUCUGGGUGCUGAGUGGGUGAGCUUGUGGAAGGGAUUUGCAGGAUAAUAUGUGUGCCGCCUAAGGGUUGUGCCCUAGGCCCCAUGCCACUACAACUGUUCUGAGGAUUCCUCACCUUGACCCGUGGAACGUGGAGUUGCCCUACCACAUCCCAAGGGUCAUAUUACCUUUUUCUGCAUUCAAAGGUAACUAACUUUGCUCGUUCCUUGAUAGGAUGAAAGCCAGCCCUGCUUUCUCGUCACGUCACGCCAACCAUGUUAUUAGCCCUAGACAAGCUCUCACGUUUUCUGAACUUCCCUCCCUUUGAGGCUUGACCUGGUGGGCUGUCUUUGCUUAUCCUUAGCGACGGUGCCUGAAGCAGUGUAGGCGUGGGGAUACC